GACACAUUCUGUCUUGAAUGGGUCGAACCCGAAAUAAUUAAAACUCUAUUCUUUUAAUGAAUACGAGUGAAAUUAUGUUGGGUGACAUUUACGCUCACUGUGUGCAAUUUUUGCUCAACACUGGCUCCCUUCAAGCCCUUUCCCAGCCGACCUGCAGAAAAAUAGUAAAACUUAAAAUAAAGGCACAAGAAGAAACGCCCCUAGUGUCGAACAAGCCUUCUGCAUGCCUUAAACUUGGCACUUAUUCCUCUUACAAUUUCCACACAAAGUGACAUGUCAUCUGUGGUCUCCGUCUACUGCCAAAACUCUUUAACAAGUUCGAAACUCUCAGAACAAAUCUUGUUCAUGUUUGCUAACAAUGGGAGAGAAAGAUACAGUGUGUGUAACUGGUGCCGGAGGCUUUGUGGCAUCUUGGGUCGUCAAGCUGCUUCUCUCUCAGGGAUACAAGGUUCAUGGCACUGCUAGAGACCCAGGUGAUGAGAAGAAUGCCCAUUUGAAGAAACUGGAAAACGCUUCUGAGAAUUUGCAACUGUUCAAGGCAGACUUGUUCGACGUUGAAGGUCUUUGUAAUGCCAUUUCUGGGUGUUCUGGUGUUUUCCAUGUUGCCUGCCCUGUUCCAUCGGACGAAGUUUCUAACUCUGAUGAGAGAGAAUUUAUCGAACCUGCUGUAAGGGGCACACGGAAUGUACUAGAUGCAUGUAUCAAGGCAAAAGUAAAGAGGGUCGUGGUGGUUUCAUCUGCUGGUGCUGUUAUAUACAACCCAAAAUGGCCCAAGGAUAAACCCAUGGAUGAAGAAUGUUGGUCUGACCCAGUGUAUUGCAAGAAAGCUAAGACCCAGUUUGGCAACUAUUGUCUUGCCAAGACAAUGGCAGAAACUGAAGCUUUGGAGUAUGCAAAGAAAAGUGAAUUGAGAAUCAUUACUGUUUGUCCAUCCUUUGUUUUUGGUCCAAUGCUGCAAUCAACAUUAAAUGCCAGUAACUCAUUGCUCAUAACUCUUCUAAAAGAUGGACUGGAAUCUGUUGAGAACCGUGCUCGUCCUGUUGUUGAUGUGCGUGAUGUAGCUGAAGCUCUACUUCUGGCAUAUGAAGAGCCAGAAGCAGAAGGCAGAUACAUUUGUACGUCUUACGUGAUCAAGGUGCAGGCUUUGGUGGAGAUGUUGAAGGGCCUGUAUCCAAAUUAUAACUACCCUAAAAGAAUCAUUGGAGCAGUUGAAGACGUGAAGAUGAGUUCAGAGAAAUUGCAGAAACUUGGUUGGAAAUUUAGGCCAUUAGAGGAGACUAUUGUUGAUGCUGUCAACAACUAUAUGAAGCAAGUGGUAUCCUCUGCAAAUAAAGACUAGCUAGUCAACUGGUUAGUUUUGCUAGAAAUUGAAAAUGUUCCCAAAAACAGUUUUUCAGCUUGAACCUUUAAUUUAAUAAUGUGAUCCAUUGGGUUUUGUACUCAUUUAGGCAUGUAGUCUUGUUAUCGGUGUGAUGUACAAUUGAACCUACGAAUAUGAACUUAUGAAG